ACAGACAGUGGGAGAUAGAGAGACAGAGUGGGAGAUAGAGAGAGGGUGAGUAAAAACAAAACCAGAUCAUUUUUUUCAGGGCCCCUGUCGGUCAAGAACACACCCUUAUACUGCUACUUUAAGACCUUUUCAGCCAGGAGCGAAACUCUUUUUACAUGAGGGACAUGCAUCAUUGGAUAAGCUCACUGAUAUCUAUAUGGUGCUGUGCAUUGCCUGAAGUUUCUUCAUCUCUUUGCAAAUGUGAGGGGACCCUGCGCUAUGCCUCCUACUAUGGAGACCAUAUGGUGCUGCAGAAGGCUCCGGAGAGAGCCGUCGUGUGGGGCUUUGGACCUGAAGGAGUGCAGGUCAAUGUCACUCUGUUGGGGCCUCGGCCACAGAAUGCACCACCGGUGAAAGUCACAGAAGGCAAAUGGAAAGUGACCCUGGACCCUGUUGAGGCUGGAGGUCCUUACACGGUGAUCGCCUCCAUGGACCAACUCUCAGUCAACCUGACUGAUGUGCUUUUUGGAGAGGUGUGGCUCUGUUCAGGGCAAAGCAACAUGUGUUUUGAAACAGAGAAGGUUUUUAAUGCCGAAGCUGAGCUACAGCUCACCUCUCAGUACCCCAGGGUUCGUGUGUUCAUGGCAGGAAUGCGACAGAGUGAUCAAGAGCUGGAUGAUCUGGCUGCAGUGCAACAGAUAUGGUCUGUGCCCACCAUAGAGUCUGUGAAGGGAUUUUCCGCCCUGUGCUGGAUGUUUGGACGGCUCCUGUAUGCCGACCUGAGUACGCCUGUAGGCCUGGUGCAGUCGUGUUGGGGGGGCACGGUGGUGGAGACCUGGUCCUCAACAAGAGCCCUGCAGCAGUGUGGCCUGGAGCAUGACAUCGUUCCAAGGCACAAAAGUGAGAAUAGAAAUUCUCGGCUGUGGAAUGCGAUGAUUCACCCAUUUCUUAAAAUGACUCUCAAAGGAGCAAUCUGGUAUCAAGGAGAGUCCAAUACCGUCGUCAAUAAGGAUGUGUACAACUGUUCCUUCCCUGCCAUGAUCGAUGACUGGAGGUCAUCGUUCCAUGAGGCGUCAGGUGGACAAACAGCGUUAAACUUUCCCUUUGGUUUUGUUCAACUAGCUCCUGGCGUCUGUCAGGCUCUUGGCUUAAGCUAUAAUAACUUUGCUAGCACCAUCCGGUGGCACCAGACAGCUGAUACUGGCACAGCUCCCAACCCAAGGAUGAAGGAAACGUUCAUGGCUGUGGCCAUGGAUCUUCCAGAUAACAGUUCACCCUACCAUCCCAUCCAUCCACGAGACAAGUUAACAGUGGCAAACAGACUGACUUUGGGGGCCAGGGCCGUAGCAUAUGGGGAGAAAGAUGUGCCCUUCCUUGGGCCAUACCCGCAAAAGAUUACCUUCAUUAAUAAUUCCCUCAUCAUCACCUAUGACCAAACCAUCACUGUCCGGAAUGGAGGAGGCUUUGAGAUUUGUUGCCCAGGGGUGGAGGCCAAUUGCAGUCUCGAGUCUCCCUGGAAACCGGCUCCCAUGGUGAACUGGAGCUCCUACAGCGUGCAGGUGUCCAGCGCUGAGUGUCCGUCCAGCCAUGAGGUAGCUGCCGUCCGCUACGCAUGGAUGGACCGCCCUUGUAAUUACAAAGCCUGUCCGGUCUAUUGCUCCGCGGGGAGUCUACCGGCUCCUCCGUUCACCACCACAAACUCUGUACUCCUAGGAAUGCAAGCUCCCAACUUAUGGGAUCGUUGGGGGGAAAUGUGAGAUAAACUGUGAAAUAUCUCAUAUCAUUUGGUUCUUUGGGAAGACACAUGGUCCUACAUCUGAUGAUCUAUAUAAGUUUUAUAGUAAUUUCUUGAGACAACUUUUAACAUAACUGUAACUGAGGGGAUUUACUCAACAAAGACUGUAAUUAAACCAAUUUUAAUAAUGUUUUGAAUGGAAUCCAACAUGCUGUCUCUCAAGGUAAUGACCCCUUUCCAAGUGUGAAAUUCUACAAAAUACACAAGCCUUGUUUUUGAUUUUAUAUCAUAGGACAGUUAAUACAAUUGCCUCAUUAACAAGCUAUUUAUUCAGGAUACAAACAUGCCCCAUGUAGAACAUCUUGGCUCCAUGGAUCCCAGAGCCUUGGAUGAAGCGGGAAGGGAACGCAGCGAAGGCCAACUCAUUAGCAACAUCCUGUAUCCACGCUAAUUAUGGAAGUGGAACAGCUCCCUGCACUACAAGGAGCCUCUCCCCUCUCAGGAGGCGGGAAAACAGUGUAAACAACAAUCCUUCCCAUUUACAUGAUCACAGCGUGGCGGUUUCCUUUUGGAAGUGGCAUUGAUAAAUGUCAUCAGGGGCCCUGUAACCAGUCCCCAUGUUGGGACGGGCUCAGGAGUUGAAGAAGGAAGUGGAAGGCCUGGUGCUGUAGUUAGGGAGAUGUGAUGCCCCAGGAGACUGCGGUGUCUGUCCUGGAGGAAAGACGGA